CCCAGGGCUGUUUUGUUGUCUGGGCUGUAAACCCCUCAGAGCUCUUGGUUCUAACACACCGAAGCUUUAAGCUUUUGUUUCAUCCUCUGUGACAUCAACGCCCGUCUGUGCUCUAAUCUCUCAGCCUUUAACUAGCCUGUGCUCUCUCCGGGGCUCUUAGCGGUUGCCGGGGUGACGGGCGGCAGCAGCACCUGCUAAGUGGCUGGACUGAGAGAGUUACAGUGACUGAGCUGCAUGCCUGCAAGACCUCCUGCUGCUUACAAACACACACGGGUGGCUAAGCUGAACAGGGUUGAGCUGGUUUCAGGGCGGCAGUGGUGGGGGGUGUGUUGACACUAUUGCUUGUCCCUGACAGAAAAUGGCUACUUUAGACUCUGUGCUGGGUGAGCAGUAUUACAGGGACGCUAUGGAGCAGUGUCACAACUAUAAUGCCCGUCUGUGUGCAGAGAGGAGCGUCAGGAUGCCCUUCCUCGAUUCUCAGACAGGUGUCGCCCAGAGCAACUGCUACUUCUGGAUGGAGAAACGACACAGAGGACCAGGUGUUGCCCCAGGUCAAUUGUACACAUAUCCAGCACGACGCUGGAGAAAGAAGAGGAGAGCUAACCCUCCAGAGGACCCUCAUUUAGCCUUCCCAUCUCUAAAGUCCGAGCUGGAUCUGGGGCUUAAGAAAGAUGUUUUCUCCAGUGAUGGCAGCAGCUUAGAGGCACUUCUGAAGGGAGAGCCAGUGGACAAAAGAUCCGGGUUGGAGCUCCGCACAGCGGAAGAGGAGCCCAGCUCUACAGAGUACUCUUCCGGGGGACUAAACCCCAGCAGCAGGGUCCGUAAGAGAAUUUUGGAGCCAGAUGAUUUUCUAGAUGAUCUAGAUGAUGAAGAUUAUGAAGAAGAUACUCCAAAGAGACGGGGAAAAGGCAAGGGAAAGGGUCGUGGUGUCAGCAGCGCUCGGAAGAAGUUGGAAGCAGCAGCUGCUUUGGAGGAUCGAGACAGACCGUACGCUUGUGACAACACUUUCAAACAAAAGCAUAUUUCAAAAUCUUCCGAAAGAGUCUGUGGGAAGCGCUAUAAGAAUAGGCCUGGUCUCAGUUAUCAUUAUGCCCAUUCUCACUUGGCUGAGGAGGAGGGGGAGGAGAAAGAUGAGAUGGACAUUCGUGAACCAACUCCACCCCAACAAGACGAACCGAAGACUCCUAAGAAGGGCCCAGACGGUUUGGCUCUGCCAAACAAGUACUGUGAUUUUUGUUUGGGAGAUACCAACCUGAACCAGAAAACCGGCCAAUCAGAAGAGCUUUUGUCCUGCUCAGACUGUGGCCGUUCUGGUCACCCCUCGUGUCUGCAGUUCACUCCAGUGAUGAUGGCUGCUGUGAAAACCUAUCGAUGGCAGUGCAUUGAAUGCAAGUGCUGUAAUAUAUGUGGAACAUCAGAAAAUGAUGACCAGCUGUUGUUCUGUGAUGACUGUGAUCGCGGUUACCACAUGUACUGCCUCUCGCCCCCCAUGUCUGAACCUCCUGAAGGAAGUUGGAGUUGUCAUCUGUGUUUGGCCCUCUUGAAAGAGAAGGCCUCUAUAUACCAGAAUUAGAAUACACCGCCCUCAUGAUGGCCUUUUGGAAAGACAGACCCUCUUUCUCAUAGUUCCCUCCAAGAUUUGUCUGUUCCAUUUAAGCAAACGAAACGGGUCGAACAGAAGUUGUAGUGGAACAGAAAAGGGACGACCACCUUGCCCAGGCCCGCAGACACAAAUGGAGGGAGGAAAAGAGAGAGGGAGUGAGAAAAAGAGUGCCCUCCUUCUCUUAGUUCUCUUUCACAUCUCAGCAGGUUUGAUCUCAGUAUGACUGUUACACAGUUCCAAGCUUCAAACUACCCCUGCUCUUUGUUUUCAACUAUUAGCCACCCCACAACUAACACAGCACUUCCAUAGCAAAUGUCAAAGCCAGUCAGAAACUCUCUUGACCCUUACAGCAGUACAUACUUGGAGGAAGUCACUAUGAGAAUAUUAUGACUCUGUUUUUGAGUUCCUGCUCAUAUUAGACCUGAUAUUUUCACCCGUUUCUGCAGACACUGUUUAACAGAAAACAAAUAAUUAGCUGCAGCUUAUAUCAGCCACAAUAAAUAUUGCAUAUUCAGCCAUAUACAAAAUACUCUGUACUGACACUGUGCUUAUCACAGAGAGGAAUAGUUGAAACCAAUCAGCAUGCCAAUGCUUGUUCAUAAUAAGCAAAAUAGAAAAGAAACGAUAAUGUGUUUUUGUAUAUUUAUAAAUUUGUAUAGCAUAUAAAGGUGUGCCGUAUUUAAGAUCCUAAACAAUAGAAAUGGUUUAUUAUGAUGGGAGUUGCUUGGGGAUUUUUUUUUUUUUGUAGUGAUGGCAUCUGUAUAUGCCACUGAAGCACAGAGUCUAGCAGUCAGUGUGUGAGCUCUUUACUAACUAAUGGGUUAAUGGUGCAGGUAAGGGUAGUGAUUUUAAAUUAUAUUUUUAUAUUGUUAUUAAUUUUUGCAUUUUUAGACGUCCUUAAGAUGUUCAGAAAUCGGUUAAAAUUUAUUUAAAGAUGGUUAAGACGUCAGGUAAAUGAGGAAUAGGAUUGAAAGAGGACUAAAAAAAGAAAAAGUCCAGUAUAAAAGAACGUCCAGAAACUAUAAUAACUGUUGGCAAUUAAUUGAGAUAUAGAACAAUGUAUUGCAGGCUAAACUGAGAUCAGUUUGUGGAUAUUCAUAGUUUGAUAGAUUCUACCAAGAAUGGUAAAUCCCUUUCAAAGUAAUUCUGAAGGAUUCGCUGUUGAGUACAUGAAAAAUUUCUAUAGUGUAAGGAGAUACGUGGACAAAAACUUCAAUGCCGUAAUUGUCAUGUUUACUGUGAUGACAUCAUUGAUUACAGCCAUACAUAUAACAUAAACAUUCUUUUAUUAAAUUAACAUUAAAUUGCCAAUUUCCAGUUGCCAGCUUGUGUAGGAUAUUGAGCAAAAGUUCUUCUGGCACGCAGAAACCGAAAGGUCUGCCUCUGGACGUGAGCCGUGUUAAAUAACAGAAUUUCAGUUUUUCUGAAGAAAAAAAAAAUCAGUAAUACCCAGAAACCACCACUGAGGAAUAGAGAUAUCAGAAUGACUUUGAGCAUCACAUGCUUGGUUAGCCAGUAAAUUCAUUUUAGUAUGGCUUAACCGAGAGACUGCUUUCAGUCCUUUAAUCUGAGGUCUGUAUUGGCAUCUUUAUGGCAUCAGAUAUGUGCCAUUUAACUUUAAUUUUUAAGAAAACUGGUAAAAUUGUCAUCCCUUAAAGGGAUAGU